ACGGAGCGAGAGGGAUUGAGACGCGGCCAGUGCGACACACACACACACACACACACACACACACACACACGCUGAGAGAAAGUGGGAAAUCCCGCUUUCUCGUUAUUUUGUCUCGUUGUUGUUUCACUUCAGGACCGGUGAAGGAUUUGAGGCGGAAGCUCCAGAAAGACAUGCCCAGACACAAUAUGGAAACACAGAGGAGUCAAUGGGAUCCGCUCAUGAGAUCGCCGUGGAUGGUGAGAGUGGAGCAGAGCCCCGCCUCCUCGGGGGCGGAGUCAGACACCGAAGGCAGCAGCACAGAGACCGAACGGCAUCGAGUCAAACAGGGAGGCGGAGUCUCGCUGACAUCACCGUCGAUGCUGCUGCAGCAGCGAAUCACGGAGCUCGACCAGCAGAGGGAGGAGCUAAAGAUUGAGCUGCAGCUGGAGGUGGCGCUGCUGCGCGGGGAGCUGCAGGCCGAAGAGGAGUGUCUGCGCAGACACACAGAGCAGCUGCAGGUGCUGCAGGAGAAGGACAGGCAGCGCAGGAGCCGGCAGCGGGCCAGCAGACAGAAGGAGCGAGUCCAGCUGGAGGAGCAGCGGCUGAAGGUGGAGGAGAUGAGGAGGAGGUGUGAGGAGAAGCAGAAACAGAUUCCCUCGCAGCCAGAGGACCAGCGAGAGCCGCUGCUGCUUCAGCUGCAACAGGAGAGGGAUGCUCUGGAGGCCACAGUGCGAGCGUUUGAAGACAUGGAGUUCCACGUUCUGGAGCUGGAGAGCGGAGUGGAAGACGAGCGAGAAGGAGAGGAUGGAGAAAGUCAAACGGUCAUCGAAAGAGAGAUAAGCAGAGUACAGCACACGCGCAACGCAUCUCAGGAACGAGUCCAGCGACUGGAGAAGCAGCUGAAGGAAAUGGAGAAAGAAAAGGAGAAAGCGCUGAGCUCCCUCAGACAGGAGAGAAAGGAGCUGCUGCACAGCUCUCAGAGGGUUUUGAAAGAGAAGAAGCCGCUCACUGAUUGGUCCAACAUCACUGGCUCCACCCCCUGCGUGAUGUCACUCAGCCCUCUGACCAUUCACAAGGCAGCGCAGGAAUCACUGAAGGACGGAUCCAGUUUGCCUCGCAGACGCAGCUCGCACAAGAAGAACACAGACAGACCGCUCUCUGCACAAGUGUUGGUGCGCAUGACUCCAGACAGGUCGCCUCGCCUUCCUCAUCUCGCCCACAGACUGAGUAAUGGACACUGUAACGGGCUGAGAUCAGCAGCACAGAGCGAUGGGAACGACUCGCACACACCGUGCAACAGCACCAGCAACUCCCGCGCGCCCAGCCCGCAGAGCCUCCUGGAUUUAGUGGAGAUGGAGCAGAAACUCCGAGAGGCCAAAGCGGAGCGGGAACGUCUGCUGAAGGAGAGAGAGGAGCGACUUCUGGCAGAACAACGCCGAGAGAAAGAGCUGGAAUCUGUCCAAAUGCAGACGGAUGCACGGAAAGCAGAGCUGCACGACGAGGAGCGACUGCAGAUCAACUCAACACACAGAAACCUGGAGCAGGGCGUCCCGCUGUCUCUGACGGUGAACUUUGACCUGCGGGCUCACGUGGAGGCUCUGGGUCAUAACGUGUCGGGCUGUAUGGGGGUCAGUCUGUCUCCCCGGAGGGGCGGCGGCUUUCUAGCAUCCAUUGCUGAGACACUGAAACUGACGGACUGGAGUGCUCAGGGCGUCCCGCUGUCUCUGACGGUGAACUUUGACCUGCGGGCUCACGUGGAGGCUCUGGGUCAUAACGUGUCGGGCUGUAUGGGGGUCAGUCUGUCUCCCCGGAGGUGCGGCGGCUUUCUGACCAAACGAGGAGGACGAGUGAAGACCUGGAGGAGGAGGUGGUUCAUCUUCGAUCUGGACCACCAGAGACUGGCCUACUACACCGAACUCGAUGAGAAGAAACUCAAAGGCGUGAUUUACUUCCAGGCCAUCGAGGAGGUUUAUUACGAUCAUCUGCGAACAGCUACAACAUCUCCGCGGCCGAGUCUCACCUUCUGUGUGAAAACAUACGAGCGGCUCUUCUUCCUGGUGGCUCACAGCGCUGAAGCCAUGAGGAUCUGGAUGGACGUUAUAGUCACAGCCACAGACGAACACAGCAGAUACUGA